AUGUCUGUGUGUCAGUGUAGGGGCUCGCGGCCCUUGUGGCUACCCGCCCUUAUCCUCCUCGGACUUACCAAUCUACCAGCAGGCGUUAGUGGGCAGCUAUCAACGGCGUGUAGGUUCCCAGGGGCUCCAGCCCAUUCCUCGGUCAUAUUCUCCGACGAAAACCUAGGACCUGGUGCUGUGGCGACCUACACCUGCGAGAGAGGUUUCGAACUUCUGGGUCCUUCGAGGAGGGUUUGCGAAAACGGAGUUUGGCUACCCGAAGGCAUACCUUUUUGUGUUCUUAAUGUUGCUGCGGGCAAAGCCCCCAUGCAAGUCAGUACGGAAAUGGCUGGAAUCCCCCAAAAGGCGAUAGAUGGCAGCACGAGCGCUUUCUUCAGCAGUGAAACUUGUACAUUGACGAAACCCGAAAGAAGCCCUUGGUGGUACGUCAAUCUGUUGGAGCCCUAUAUGGUGCAGCUGGUCAGGUUGGAUUUCGGAAAGCCUUGUUGUGGGGCCAACAAACCGGCAACCAUAGUGGUGCGAGUGGGCAACAACCGUCCCGACCUGGGCAACAACCCGAUCUGUAACAGAUUCACCGGCUUCCUGGAGGAAGGCCAGCCCCUAUUCCUCCCUUGCAACCCGCCGAUGCCGGGCGCCUUCGUCAGCGUCCACCUGGAAACCCCUACCCCCAGCCAGCUCUCCAUCUGCGAAGCCUUCGUCUACACCGACCAAGCGCUCCCCAUCGAACGAUGUCCCCAGUUCAGGGACCAACCGCCCGGCAGCACGGCGACGUACAACGGCAAGUGCUACAUCUUCUACAACAGGCAACCCGUGAAGUUCCGCGAGGCCCUCGGCUUCUGCAGGGCCAGGGGCGGUACCUUGGUGGACGAGAGCAACCCCGCCCUGCAGGGUUUCAUCAGCUGGGAGCUGUGGAGGAGACACAGGAGCGAUGCGAGCGGACAGUACUGGAUGGGGGCCGUGAGGGAUGUCCAAACAGGCGGUUGGCAGUGGCUUAAAGGGGAUGAGGUGACGGUUUCGUUCUGGAACAUGCCCGUCGGGAACGGGGAGUGUGCCAGGUUCGACGGGACCAAGGGGUGGCUGUGGUCGGACACCGAUUGUUCCAUGCAUUUGAAUUACAUUUGCCAGCAUCAACCCAAGGCUUGCGGCAGGCCCGAACAGCCACCCAACUCGACGAUGCUGGCCUUGAACUACAACGUGGGUGCCACCAUAGAGUAUUCCUGCGACGAGGGACACCUCUUAGUCGGGCCGACCACAAGGACUUGUUUAGAAACGGGCUUCUACAACGAGUUCCCGCCGGUGUGCAAGCGCAUCCAAUGUGGAUAUCCCGCUGAUAUAGCCAAUGGGGAGUAUACUCUGGUGAACGACAGUGUGGGUUAUCUGUCCAGGGUGGUGUAUUCCUGCGACGAAGGGUACGAGAUGAUCGGAAGGGCUCAACUGGCGUGUGACAUCGACGAGAGGUGGAACGGUCCUCCGCCAAGAUGCGAACCUGUGCAAUGCGAACCCCCCACCGAAAUCGCAAACGGGGCUUUGGAAAUGCCCAGUAACGACACAAUUUUCGGAUCGAUCGUCCACUACGUCUGCAACGCCGGUUACAGACUGGUCGGUCCCAAUAACGUAACCUGCCUGGCCAACGGGCAGUACGACGCCUUACCUCCGACCUGUCAAGAGGAACCGACAACCCCCCUCGUGACGGAGAUCUUGAAAACCACCAGACCACCCGUACAAUCCUCGCCCUCGUCCGCGACCACCCGUCAUAGGAGCCGACCGACCCGUCCGCCCCCGACGACGAUCCGAGGCAUCGAAAUCAUCAAAGUAACCAACAAGACGAGGAAACCUUCGAGGGUCACGACGGGAGCUACCACGUCCAUCACCUCCACGUCGCACGUGCCGUCCAUCAUAGUGGCCGGCCAUCCUCAGGAUAACGAGAUUGCCGGCAGUUCGAACGUUCAACAUGGCGAACAUCCCAACGUGAACGUCCCGCUGUCCGUGGACGGGGAACGCAGGGACACGUUCGGGGCGAAGUUAAACGUCGGGGCUAUAAUUGCCCUGGGCGCUUUCGGAGGUUUCGUUUUCCUGGCGGCGAUCAUCACGACUAUAGUCAUAUUAGUCCGGAGGAAUCGAAGUGCCAAACAUUACCGCCACCGAGCCUCGCCCGACUGCAACACAGUCGCCUCGUUCGACUCCUCCAGCUCGGAGUCGCGCAACGGCGGCCUCAACCGCUACUACAGGCAGGCGUGGGAGAACCUCCACGAGUCGGCGGGCAGCAAGACGGCCCUGAAGGCGGCCGCCACCGCCAACCACUCCCCCCUCCGCAGGAAGGAGACCCUGGACGAGCCGUACCGUACCGACAGGCACCGCGACGGUUCCGAGCCGGCGGACACCUUCAGCGGGAAACCCGCCGCCGAGAAGAAGAGACACCACCACCACCACCAUCACCACGACGGCAGGCCCCACAAGGAGGGCAGGGAGUGGCGGGAGCAGCGCCCGCCCCCCGGCAGGGACAGCAAGAGAUAUUGACAGUCUUGUAUGGUGAUAACGGUACAAUUCGAGGAGUAGGUAAAUUGUAUUUAUUCUGUUUGAGGGGUCGGGGCGAGGUAAACGGGGCGCCGGCGGUGGUUUUAUCGCCGAAACGUUAAUUUUCUUAUAAUUAGAGAAAAAGUUAAAAAAAUUGAAUGUGUGUAAAAAGAAAAUAUUUUUUGUCUACGAUCGUGUCAAAAGUCACAAUUUUUUGUGUAAAAAUAGACUUUACAGUAAAAGUUUUUAUUUCAUGCGUUUAUUGCGGGAUUUCAGUGAAAAAGUUUAUAAUUAACGCAACUUUCGAUAAAAAUUUUAGUUUCCCGUUUAUUUCGCACUAUUUAACUUACAAGGUGUUCCGUAGGGACCGAAUCAAAAGCCAGGAAAAGUCACGUCGAAUUUAGAAAAACCUUAAGAGGGCUCUAUAGCAAAUAGCCAACCAGCAAUACAUUUUUAUAGGUUUUAUUACACAGUUUGUGU